AAAGGCUUUGAGCUCAGGACGCCCCUCUCUCUCUCUCACUCUGCCUACAAAGCCAACCUAGCUCUAUCUUCCCUGCUUUUCUAUCAUGGAAAUGUUUUCUAAUAGGUGGCGUUAAGAGUGUUGGUUUUAUUUUUACUUUCUUAUACUGAAAUGUACGACCGUCUGGAUCCCCGCUCGGCCGAGAGAGGAAGGCUUUUUGUAGGUAUAAUACAAGGAAGCGUCGUCUGAGAGAGGGAGAGAGAGGGGGAAGGAUUGACGCUUUUUCCUCCUCUCCUCCUCCUUCUUCCUUUCGCCCCCUCUCCUCCUCUUUUUGGCGGAGAGAGGGGUUGAGGCAGGAAUAAACGCUUUUUUUGUUUUUUUUUUCUUUCUUUUUUUAAUGCAUUUGAAUCUUACUGCGCAACCAGACCGGAUCACGUGGGAUUGGAGAGAGUUGGAUCGAUUUUGCACAGUUCAAUGUGAGAAAAAAGAGAGAGAAACAAACAACUCUUUCUUUUUUUUUUUUUUACUUCUGUGGAUAACUGGGACUGUUGAUACUUUUGCAUUAUUGCAAUAGAAGGGGGGGUGUUUGAGUGGGUUCUUUCUUUCAGCCUUGGAGGUGUGGAGUAUUAAUUCUUAUAUGCCUGGGUUUUGAAAAACAAUGGAGACGCACAUUUCGUGCCUCUUCCCGGAAAUUUUGGCCAUGAUUUUCAGCUAUCUGGACGUGAGGGACAAAGGCAGGGUAGCCCAAGUGUGUAUCGCUUGGAGGGACGCAUCCUACCACAAGUCAGUGUGGAGGGGGGUGGAGGCCAAGCUGCACCUCCGCCGGGCCAAUCCCUCCCUGUUCCCCAGCCUCCAGGCCAGGGGCAUCCGGAGGGUCCAGAUCCUCUCUCUGCGCCGCAGCCUGAGCUAUGUGAUCCAGGGAAUGCCUAACAUUGAAUCCCUCAACCUGUCCGGCUGCUACAACCUCACAGAUAAUGGGCUGGGCCAUGCAUUUGUGCAGGAGAUCCCAUCACUUAGAGUUUUGAACCUGAGUCUGUGCAAGCAGAUCACGGACUCCAGCCUAGGCAGGAUAGCUCAGUAUCUGAAGAACCUGGAGGUACUGGAGCUUGGUGGCUGCAGCAACAUAACCAACACUGGGCUCCUCUUGAUAGCCUGGGGCCUCCACAGGCUCAAGAGCCUCAAUCUGAGGUCCUGCAGGCAUGUCUCGGACGUAGGGAUUGGACAUUUGGCGGGCAUGACCCGCAGUGCAGCGGAGGGCUGCUUGAACCUGGAGUACCUGACUCUCCAGGACUGUCAGAAACUGACGGACCUGUCACUGAAACACAUUUCCAAGGGGCUGACCAAGCUCCGGGUACUGAACCUAAGCUUCUGUGGGGGGAUCUCAGACGCAGGGAUGAUCCACCUCUCCCACAUGGCCUCCCUGUGGAGUCUCAACCUACGCUCCUGUGACAACAUCAGCGACACAGGAACCAUGCACCUCGCCAUGGGCACCCUGAGGCUCUCUGGGCUUGACGUUUCCUUCUGUGACAAGAUAGGGGACCAGACCCUGGCAUACAUUGCCCAGGGGCUGUACCAGCUCAAGUCCCUGUCCCUGUGCUCGUGUCACAUCUCUGACGAUGGGAUAAACCGGAUGGUGAGGCAGAUGCACGAGCUGAGGACCCUGAACAUUGGACAGUGCGUGCGCAUCACGGACAAAGGGCUGGAGCUCAUAGCUGACCACCUGACCCAGCUGGCGGGCAUCGACCUGUAUGGAUGUACCAAGAUCACCAAGAGGGGACUGGAGAGGAUCACACAGCUCCCCUGCCUUAAAGUGUUGAACCUGGGACUCUGGCAGAUGACAGAGAGUGAGAAAGUGAGGUGAUUGGAAAUGUCUUUUUUUUUUUUUUUUUGGUGUGUGUGUGUGUGUUUCUUUUUCUUUUUUGGAUGGGGACAGAGGGGGACACAAGGUUGGAUGGAUGGGUGGGGAGAAAUGUUUUUUUUGUUUUUUUUUUUUUUUAAAGAGAGAAAACCUUCCUUUCCCCUCCUGUGUAAGGUGUUUCUCCCAUGUGACCAGAAUUUUCUGUCGAAAUGUUUUAUUUUUCUUUCUGUUGGCCUUGCAGGAUAUAAAUUAGUGUUUGAUAUGACUUAAUAUUCUGCCUGGUAGGAAGCAAUUAAAACUUGCUUUUGUUGUGAACUCAUAAAAAUCCCUUAGCAGUUGUUUUGAUCUCAUAUUGAGUUUUAAUAUCUCAUAAAUUCUGACAUUGGACUGGAAUAACUUCAAUGCAAAUCAGCUCGUUUCACACAUUUCAAAAGUGUCAUUUUCUUCAUACCAUUGGAACAAUCUGCUCCAUUUACUGACACUUGCUUCCAGAAAAUUCUUGAAGUGAAACUUGCAUCCAUCCAAACUGGCAAAUUCCUUUUCAUUUAAAGCAGAGUGAGGUUUUAAAACUUGAGUUUGAGACUUUUAUUUUUACAGUGAGUCUGGAUUUGAGACAUUUACGACAAAUCUCCGCUACAGCCAUCACGCCUAAAAACAUUUGGCUACCUCGUAUGUGGUUGUUUUCAAAGGGUGUAUACUGUUAAAAAAAAGAAGGAAAGCAAGAAUGAGAGACUGGGAGAAAAUGUGCCUAAAGGGACUGUGUCUGCCCCCUCCCCCAUCCCUCCAUCCCCUCCCUCCCUCCCUCCUCCAUGAACAGAGCUGGAGAAAGGAGACCAGGACACAAUCUAACUACCUUUGUUAAUUUACCCCCAUAAACAGCAACAAUUUCCCGGAGACAGACAGAGAGAGAAAGGGAAAGUGAGCUGUAAAAUCUAGUCAAAUUACAAGAGGACGACGCUUUAUGCAAAAAACAUAAACCCGCUUGUGUACAAGAGCAUUUUUUUUAUUGUUUGUUUCCUUCAUUUUUAGGGAUGAAGUCCAACUUUAACGCCCUUUAUAGAGACGCGUUGCGUUCAAGCUUUGACCAAUAUAAAGGAGACAAGAUUAUCAGCUUACCCUUAGGAGAAAUACCUAUAGUCAUCCUAUAAUAAUACUGUAGAGGUAGAGGAAUAUUACAGUGAUAUAAUACGAGGUAACAUGUAUUGGUAUGAGCAGGCCUUUAUUAAAUGCAAUAUAUGUCAGUGUAAGUAUAUUAUAGGAAGAUUUGGUAUUUUUUGUAAGGGAUGCUGGUGGAAAUAAAUGUCAGUGGAUGUUCAGAGCGUCGUACUUCAAAUUGAAGUGAUUUCUAUAUCUUAUACCCUUUACUGAUCGAAACGAAUCAGGGUUUGCUCUACGGUUUUUUUAUUUUCCCACGUUGAUGCCAACACAGGUCGCAUUCAUAUUCAUGUUGCUCUAGAGAGAGAGAGGGAGAGAGGAGGGUAGAGAUAGACAUCUUUUUCCUCCUCUUUUUCUCCAUCUCUCCCUCUUUUCUCCAUGAAUAAAAAUACCCUGAAUCCAUUUUGAGACAUGCUUAGAAGAAGGAGCAAUCGAUUAUUUUUCUUGUCUCUCUCUCCUCCGUCUCGGGUUACAAGCGAAAUGCGUCUCUCUCUCUUUCACACACACACAUUUAUACACACACAUGCACACACGCGCGCACACGGGGGCCCGUGUGUGCGCGUUUUAAUGUAAUGCAAUGACCUGCUAGAAAAUUAAUAUACGGAUGUGCGUCCUGCUGAAAAAGCUGUGUGUUUGAAAAUAAAAAGAUGUACUGUAUAUUAUGUGUUUGUAAAGAAGAAAAAAAAUGCAGAAUCCCAAAAUUAAAUUGUUUUAUAUUCUUACGGU